AUGAGAGCAUCAAUUGCGGAUGCGAGUGGGACGGAGUGGAUCACAAUGUUUGAUGAAGUGAUGGUUGGACUGUUGGGGAAGACAGCAGACGAAAUGGCCGACUUGAAUGACAGCAACAUCGACGAGUUUGAUAAAAUCUUUAAGGAGAAGCAAUACGUGUUGUAUCGAAUGCACUUGCACGGGAAGAAAGAGACGUACGAAGGAGUCGAUCGACUUCGGUUCACCGCCAAUUUUGUCACGCCAUUGUAUCCGUCGACUUCGGAUUUAACUGACUCCAAACAGCGAGACGAUUUGGAGAAAGCGCUUGAGAGGAUGUCUGGAGAUAUGAAAGAUGUGAUUUUGGGAGCUCAUUAA